GUAUACGGGUCCCCUGUUGGAGGAGGAAGCCCUGAACAAAGCAGCAGAAAAUGGAUUGUCUUCGCCGGAAUUUUUUGAGCUUUGCGUUUGGUUAGGUUCCCAAAUAAAGUCACUUUGUAAUAUGGAAGAAAGCAUCACGGCAACAGAUGGUGAUAAAGAUAUAGAGAGCUUCCAGCUGGAGAUUAGUGGCUUUCUGAGAGAAAUGGCGUGUCCAUAUUCAUCACUCGUAUCUGGAGACAUCAAGGACAGAUUAAGAGAGAAAGAAGAUUGUCUUAAACUCCUCUUAUUUCUAAGUACAGAACUUCAGGCUUUAAAGAUACUGCACAACAAGAAAGUUAAAAGCUCUCCUUUGGAAAAGCACAAUGAAAUAUAUCAGGAAGUGCAAGCUAUUUCUGAUGCACUGGGCCUGCCAAAUUCCUCGUCUUCUGAUAUUCCUCCCUUGUUAAGCAGUGUGGAACAAAAG